AUGUCCAGUGCGGAAACGGCCUCCCAUCUGAAGCGCCGCGCCGCCAACGGCGAGCUGGAGGCCCGCGCCGUCAAGUCGGCGGACGCGGCCGAGAAGGGGGACUCGCCAGCCGCCGCCGACAUCAAGUCUCAGAAGAGCGCGGCCUCCGGCAAGGUGAUCGACCUCAGCGCAACGGUCAGCAGGUCGGCGCCCGCGGCAGCGGCUGCCGCGGCCGCGGCAGCUGCCGCAGCUGCCAAGGCCAGGGCCGCCGAGGACAAGGCGGCGGCGCAGGCCAAGGCGGGCGACGAGAAGGCGGCGGCCAAGGCGAGGGCGAACGCGGAGGCCGCGGCUGCCAAGGCCAAGCUGGCGGAGGAGAAGGCCGCCAAGGAGGCGGAGAAGGCGGCCUACAAGGCCAAGGCAGCUGAAGAAGCCGCCGCGGCCAAGGCCAGGGCUGCAGCUGAGAAGGCGGCCAAGGAGGCCGACAAGCUGGCGCAGGCGGCGAAAGCGGCUGAGGAGCGCGCCCUCAGGGCUGCCAAGGAGGCCGAGGAGCAUGCGGCGAACAAGCUCAGGGCAGCGAAGGAGGCUGCCCAGCGCGCCGACAAGGCCGCCGCUGAGGCAGAGGCCAGGGCCAGCCCGUCCACCUCGGAGCCCGAGGUUGCGGCCGCCGCACAGGCCGAGGUCGCGACGGCGGCGGCCGGCGUCGCGGCCGCGGAGGCUGAUGUCGCGGCAGCGGAGGCCGGGGUCGCGGGCGCGCCGCCCGCCGCGGCGGCGGAGGGCGCGCCACGCACAGUAGAGGGCGCAGCCGCUGAGGCGGGCGCCGAGCAGGGGCAGAAGCCCAAGAAGAGGGGUGCGGGCUUCAGCCUGAGCCCCAGCGGCUGGACGACGCGCUCGUGA